AUGCGUUUCUUGUUGAGCUCCAUCGUAUUGGGCACCAUUGGCUUGGUGGCUGGCAUUCGCAAAGAACUGCUUGGUGUGGAGGAACAGAAGGGAGGCCCCAUCAGCACCUGCUGCGUGGUGGACGGGUAUAACCACCUGAUGCUGGAUCAAGACUUCAUGGAGGAAGCGCGAGACGUGAUGCUCACGUUAGCGGGCACGGGUGCAUACCAAAGCGAAAGUGGCGGCUGGUAUUCUGGGCGCUAUUUGUUGGACUGUUCGCUAGCGCUGAAGCUGAAUUCCAACUACAACUGCCCGCUUUACCUGGUGAACGAAAAGCCCUUCAAAGACUACAAUGAACUCAAACGGGGUGAAAAGAGGCUCGAGAAGUUCUACAACGCAUACCAGUUCAAGAAGACCUCUCGCUGGAAUCCUUUCGCGCAAGCCUCUUGCCCCAGCGGCAUGGCGCCCGCGCAAGACAAGCAUAGAUGUGGAAAGGACAUGAAGCGCUUGAUGAAGCUGGUGAGGUUGUGGAAAGAGAAGGUCUCCAAGGACAAGCGCAUCGCGGAGAUCAAGGGCUACUUCCGCUCGUCCCCAUAUCAAGGUGAAGUAGAACUUCUGAAGAGGGACAUCGCCCAGAUCAAAGAAAGAGUCGCCGAUCUCUGGUUGCAGACAUGGUCGGAGUCCUGUCGCAAGCAGGUGGACAUCUUGCCCUUGCGGCCGCUGAUCAUCGAUGGAAGUAUCUCCUUCCAGUGA